CGCGCACACCGAUGGCUGCGCUGACAGCGUCCAGGACCGACAACUUUCUGCAAGCCUUCUUACAGGACCGCACACCCAGCUCCUCUCCUGACGGCGGUCCCCACCCCCUGUCCUUCUUGACCCCUGGCUGUGGACAGACCCGGCAGUUGGGCUGCAGCUCGGGGCCAGAGGGACCACAUUUUCCCUUUGAGGAGGCAGUGAGCUCCACGUCCACCAUGUUUCAGCUGUGGAGCAACGAGGUGGCGCAUGGCCCUGGCCUGAGUGCCCACCAGAUGACCUUCUCGGUGCCCAAGGUCCAAUUCCCUGGACACGUGCAGACCGGCCUGGGCACCUACGGCCAGCAUCACCACCGCCACCAUGAGCUGCCCCUCACCCCCCCUGCCGAGCCCCCUGCCUCCUACUCCUUUGAGCUCUCACCUGUCAAGCUGCUCUCCUCCCAAGCACAAAGCAGCAGCUCUUGCUACACUCAGCCUAGCAACAUGGGCCAGAACUUCCCCCCCAGCUUCCUCCAGAACUCCUCUGGCAGGCACCACCUCCCCGGUGUCCCCAUGGAAGAGGGACAGCAGUGGUGGAGCCUGCCACAGACCACCGCCUCCCCCUCCAGCCACCCGUUCUCCCUGGGAAGGCAGGUCGUGCUGAGCCACCAGCCCCAGAUCGCCGCCAUCCUCCAGGGCAGCUCCAAGGGACUGCUGGGCUCCACACGCCGCUGCCGGCGUUGCAAGUGCCCCAACUGCCAGGCCUCCAGCGGCAACCUGGAACAAGGCAGGAAGAGGAUCCAUAUCUGCCACAUCCCUGAGUGCGGCAAGGUGUACAAGAAGACCUCCCACCUGAAGGCCCACCUUCGCUGGCACGCCGGAGAGCGGCCCUUUGUCUGUAACUGGCUCUUCUGCGGGAAGACCUUCACGCGCUCGGAUGAGCUGCAGCGCCACCUGCGGACCCACACUGGGGAGAAGCGCUUUGGAUGCCCGCAGUGCGGUAAGAGGUUCAUGAGGAGCGACCACCUGGCCAAGCAUGUCAAGACUCAUCAGAGCAGGAGGGCCAGGGGCAGUCAGCACACCCUUGAGCCACAUGGGGGCAAUAAAUCCCUGCUCAGCAACAUCAAGAAAGAGUAGAGCAGCUUAGGGGUGGCAACCUGAGGCCAGCAGCAGUGAUGCACACCACCCGAAGGGGAUGGGAAGGGUCAGGGGUCCAGUCUCCUGAAGAUAUAUCACAU